UAUUCCGAGGGAAGGGCGGGGCGGAGCCGGCGCCCGCGCAGGGAGGAGGAAGCCCCGUGGCAGGGUCCUGCGCGUGACGUCACUUCCCGCAGCCGCGGUUCCACGUCCGGGUUGAGCUCGGUCCGCUCCCGGCCACCGCCUCAGAGCCGCCGGAGCCGCCGCUAUGAGGCUCUACAGCCUCAGUGUCCUGUACCGGGGCGAUCCCAAGGUGCGGCUGCUGAAGGCCGCCUACGACGUGUCCACGUUCAGCUUCUUCCAGCGGUCCAGCGUGCAGGAAUUCAUGACCUUCACGAGCCAGCUGAUCGUGGAGCGCUCGGAGCUGGGCAGCAGAGCCUCUGUCAAGGAGCAAGAGUACCUCUGCCACGUGUACGUCCGGAACGAUGGCCUGGCCGGGGUGGUGAUUGCAGACAACGAGUACCCCCCGCGGGUUUGCUUCACCUUGCUGGACAAGGUGCUGGAUGAGUUCUCCAGGCAGGUCAGCAGAGCAGACUGGCCCUCAGGAUCCCCAGCAACCAUCAGCUACGCGGCCCUGGAUGGGCACCUCAGCAAGUACCAGAACCCCCGUGAUGCUGACCCUAUGACCAAAGUGCAGGCAGAGCUGGAUGAGACCAAGAUCAUCCUGCACAACACCAUGGAGUCACUACUGGAGCGAGGGGAGAAGCUGGAUGACUUGGUCUCCAAAUCAGAGGUGUUGGGGGCACAGUCCAAAGCCUUCUACAAAACUGCCCGGAAGCAGAAUUCCUGCUGUGCCAUCAUGUGACACAGACCCCACAUCUCCUGCUCCGGACCUCCAGCCCUGCGCUGCCCUUCGGCAGGAGCCGCAGCGCGUGCCCAGGCCGGGGCUGGCGGCACCCUCGGCACUGAAGUGACUUUAUGGCCCCAUGUCCAGGGGCUGCUAUGGGGCCGGUGCCCAUGGGGCAAAGGGAGAGCACGGGAGCCCCCCCGGCCCUUGCGUAUCCCGAGCGCAGCCGGGACCAUGGGGCACCGGCUGAGGGCCCCUCCGCAUUGCCCCAUGGCCUUUCCCAGCACCUCGGGGGGGGGGGUUGUGUCUCUGUGUCCCAAGGGUGAGCCGGGGGGUGGG